CGACGUUACAAUUUCGUGUCUAUCGGAUGUUUUUUAUUUAUCACAUGAGUAACUGAUUUUCUUACAACCAUGACUGUAUUUAAAGCUCCUUUUUUAAAUAUAGACGAAAAGUGUGAUCAACCUACCAUUUUUUGUUUAAAUACGUAUUUUUCCUGUUGUUAUGACUGUGGCAAAGACUACUUUUUAAAAUUACAUAGCAAGUAGAAUAAAUACGAUUUUAUGGCCAAUAAAUGAUACUGUUCAGUUUUAUGCUUUCGGUUCAUCUACACAAAUUAUUUAUGAGAUAAAAAUUAAAUAGACUGAGACACACGAAUCUGGCAUAUAUGCCAGAUUGGUUAUAACCGAUUUGUAUCACAAAGAAAGCGCCAGUAUGUCAACUAGGUAGUAUAAGAUCAUGGCAAAGAUAUUCUCGGACAUAAUAAAGUUUUCUGAUCAGAAGUGGACUAUGUCCUUAGGACGUUUCCUCAGGCUCGCGACCACGGCGAGCCUAAACAUAAAACUCACACUAAAUGUGAAACGCAACUCACCACUUUAUGCAAAGACAACAUGAUGCAAUCACCACAGAGAUUUAGCUAAUACCGUUUAGAACGUAUGCCCGGUUUCACCCUAAAGCACACAAUAUCGUUGCGCCUCACUCUUCAUAAGACAUAUUUCUCUUAAACCAGCAAUCAAGUGAUUGAUAGGGCUAAAAGAUAAAUCAUAUCAGGGCAGGCCACAACACCAGUGAUUAUUCUCCAUGUUCUGCAAGAGAAUAAGAGGUGAUUUGAUAAUAGCGUACAACAUAUUAAGUGCACCGAGCCACCCCAAAACGAACAUAUUACCAGAACAUCACCACGCACCUCCAGACAGCUCUUGAAAGAUUGCACAUCAAAUAGUGAACAUCGAGGUACGCGCUCAAUUUUAUCAUUAAAGGGUUGUCCCCAUUCUAAAUGCUCUCGCAGACUAAAUGACGACAGCCCCAUCACUGAAUAGCUUUAAGAGGAGACUUGACAAACAAAUACUCAUUUAUGGACAACCAACUAGAACCAGCCGUGUCUAAUACAUGUUUCAUUAAAUACCACGGUUGUCAUUACCGUAUAUCAGUAUCUACUUCCUAUCUUCCAUAUAAUUAUCUCCGUUUCUCUUAUUUUUUUCAACUUCGUCCUCUUACACAUUACCAAUCAACACAUGAAUUAUCAAAUCAUUAUUUCCACAUUGCAAACAACCAACUUUCUGCUUGAUAAUGUGAUAGCUGCUGAUAUCCAAAAAUUCUACUGCUCUGGGACAAAUACACUCACCCAAACUACAAGAAUUAAUUCAGUCGAGUGGUUGGACUAUCACCCAUCGGACGUUACCAAAUACCUGAGACCGUACCGAAAAAAACAAGAAGCGAGAGCAAAGAAAACAAUCGGUUUAUAAAAGCUUGUGACAAAUUUAUUGGAUCGAACUAGUCGUCAAUUUGUCAGAUAAAUUACAAAGUUGAGAGAUAGGUAUGUUACCAACCAGUAGACCAUUUAUAUGGAUCAGAUUUGGAGAAAACAAAAAAGUAUUAGUCAAUAUGUGGUGUUCCUUUGAAAUUCUACUCAACUAUAUCGUAACCGCUUGCGACAUAGACCCUGAAAUCACAUUUGACUUAUGUGACACUUCGGGAAGGCUUUUAGGAUUAAGUGAAUCACAAAAUUACCAGCAAACUGUUCAAAGUCUUGAAGGUGGUGGCGUCUACAUUCUUGUAGCUAUUGAAGGAGACAAGUCAGAUCAACAAGUGAAUAUCCGACCUAUGCUUGAAAACUUUGAACAGUACUACCCUAACUUAACAGACCAAAUAUUACAAAACCUUCAUGACAAGUCGGAAAGAUAUUCCAAGAAAAAACAUAUGAAGCGGACACCGCUGCCAACAAAGGUGACAACUAGCAGAAAGACAAAAAAGUAGAGCAAAAUGAAAAUAUAAUCUUCUAAUCUCGGUUUUACCAUUACCCAUGUCAACAAGAAAAAAAGACUUUCAAAUGUAGAUAAAACGGAUAUUUUAGCCUUUUUGCCAAAUUAUGGGUUGUUGCUUGUCUUUAUUAUAGUAAGGUUAUGAAUAUUUCUCUCGAUAUGACUUAUUUAUUAUAGAGAUGAGAUGACUGCCUAAUUAUUAAAGUAUAUCGGUCAUUCUAAACUGGUUUAGAUCCUUAGAAAAGAAGAUUAUAAGACUAGCAUUUUAGUUUGUAGGAACGCUAGAUGUUAAAAUACUACUAAGUAAAGCCAGGUAGAAUUGGUUGAAACUUCAGAGAGCAAGUUAUAUUUAGAUUACUAAUUUCAAAGAUUAAUACACCUAAGAAGUAGACGAAAUUCCUACGAUCUGACAAGACCACUCUCUAUUACUGCAGAAAAAGACACCUUAAAUUCCUUAUCUCUUGAAUAUAUAUGCAGAAAUGCUG